AUGGCCCAGAGCGUGGUUUAUGCUGACUUGAGGUUUGCCAAGGUGAUGGGGGGCCGGAGCAUGGCCAGCCAGGCGCUGGAGGCAGCCCUUGGCAUGGAUGAAGCGGAGAGCCCCUACGAGAACAUGCAGUCAGCACCAGCGGGGCAGGACGGGGAUGGGGCCCAGCCCAGCCCAGGGCGCUGGUCCCGGAGGUUGUGCAUCCCUGUGGGGCUACUGGUAACAUGCCUGCUGCUGCUGGUGGCCACUGUGGCCCUGGGGGCUUGCUACUGGCAGGUCACCCGCAGCCUGCAGGAUGCCUCCCGUGAGCACGCGGCCGAGCAGGGCCGCCUCUCGCAGGAGGUGAGCGCACGGGAGCAGAGCCUGGAGCAGACGCGGCUGGAGCUGGCGUGGGCCAGAGCGGAGCUGCAGCGAGCCUGGCGGGAGGGCAACAGCAGCCAGCUGGAGCUGGGGAGCCUGAACGCCGAGCUGGGGCGCGCCAGGGGGAUCCUGGGGAAGAUGGAGAAGGAGAUGCAGGAGGUGCAGAGGGACCUCAACAACAGCGAGAGCACCGUGGCCAUUCUGCGCUCCUGCACGGCUAUAGAUUGCUGCCCUUCUGGCUGGCUGCUAUACAGGGGCAAGUGCCUCUUCAUCUCGUCAGAGAAGAAGACAUGGGAGGACAGCAGAGAUGAGUGUGACAAGAAAUAUUCUCAGCUCCUGGUCACCAAAUCCUGGAGUCGCUGGACUGUGCCGGCUUUCCUGAAGAACGCAGACAUCCCAUACUGGAUCGGGCUGCAGAAGGGCAGUUUCCCCUGGUACGACUAUGGCUGGCUGGAGGAAGAGGACCCGGAUGGUGAUGGGGUGUCGGAUGCCUGGUUCUGGGUGGACGGCUCCCUUUACGAAAGGCCAUGGCAGUCAAAGUCAAACGGAUCCUGUGCCAUAAUAAGCCGCGGGAACAUCAAACCCGCUCAGUGCGCCAGUCCCGAUGACCUGCACCUCUGGAUCUGUGAGAAGGCGGCAGGACCGAGCUCCCCUUUCGUGGGGUGAUGGCCGCUGGCCCCAGCACCGCUGUGCACCUGCACCCUGCACCGCCUCCGCUUCAGCCUUGCUGCCCCCCUGCCUGCGAUGUCCCUUCCAUGCCAGCAACCCCCUUCCCUCUCACAGACCCCUGCCCAUGGGCUGCCCAGGUCCUUCCCAGCAAUGCCAUGAUGCUCCAGCAUCACGGCGGCUGGGGGAGGCGGCAGCAGUGCCCAUUUCCCCCCCAGCUGAUGUGCUUCAACAGAGCAGUACGGGCCCCACAGCUCAGCCCCACACCUGCAUGGCGUACGCUGGGUCUUCCUGAGCACAGGGGCUGGUGUACGAUGGGGAGCCCAGACCCAGCCACAGAGCAGAGCAAGUCCUGAUGCUCAGCACUGCAGCCGUGUAAUAUCCCCAGCACAGAGUGAGCUGUGGUGCUGGCAGGGAAGGACGUGGGAGUAGGGGACAGCACAGCCCCACACCCGGCCAGGUCCCCUCCCCACAGCAGGAACUUUCCGCCUGGGCCCAUCCCAGGAGCAGCUUGGCCACAGCUUUCAGGCAACCCAGCAAGCAAGAGCCUUGGCAAAGCCUUGGCGCCCAAGGAGGGAAGCUGUGCCUGAACCGGCCGGUGCCUGUGCUGGCGGUUCAGGUUUUUUUGCUAAUUAGAAAGUAGAGCAAUGACCUUUAGGAUUGUACAAUGUGAUGGUGUCUUUCAAAAGCAAAAGCAACUCUGGCACUUGCAGCGGACUGACGUUUUGCGAGACAAGUCAUCAGGAAUUUAAAUAGUUACUACAUCAGGACUUUAAAUAGUUACUACACAUGUGCACACGCAAAGAUUAAGCAAAAUAGCCCUGAUGUAACAUUGCAGCCAGGCAAGAGCAGAGGAAGUCAUGUUCAAUCAGGCAAAGACACUCUCAGCUUAUUACGGUGUCGUGUGUGCCAUAUAUAGUUAAUUGCUGUGUGAAUUAGCUUGCUUGAAGAGCAAAAGAGUGUUAAAGGCAGGCUUUUUGGAGGUGGCACAUGUCACUCUUUGUCCGCUGGCUGA